AUGUCGCACCGGAAAACCCAUUGCCUGCUAAGAGAUGAACAAAAGGCCCUAAGGGAGCUGAAAGCGGACACCGAAAUAGUUAUUCUGCCUGCUGACAAAGGCCGGUCAACCGUCAUCCUCGACAAGGUGGACUACCGACGCAAAGCCCUCCUGCUCCUCAACGAUCGACAGUCCUACAAAGUCAGCGACGCCGCCAGUCUAAAGUCCCUAGUGGCAAAGGUUAACAGAAUUCUGGCUCGACUAAAAAAGGACAAGGUCAUCACCGUCAAAGACUGGUAUAUGGCAAUGCCCGCAGAAACCGCUAUGGCGAGAUUCUAUGGUCUCCCGAAAGUACACAAGCCAGAUGUUCCCCUCCGUCCUAUCGUCUCGCUCCGAGGCACACCCACAUACGGACUUGCAAGCUGGCUAUUUCAGAAGCUAAGAUUCCUAACUGCAGGCUCACAAACAACGGUGCACUCAGCAGAACAAUUCCUUGACAAAAUAAGGACAGUCACGAUCGAACCGAAUUAAUGGAUGGUGUCUUUUGACGUUGUUUCACUCUUCACGUCUAUACCACAGGCCCUUGCGGUCGAAACGCUCAGUGACCUGCUACGUCAAAAUUAUGACGGGGGCGAUGGACAGCCCACAGCUCAGGAUCUCAUAGAACUCAUGGGGCACUGCCUCAAGACAUUCUUUACCUUCGACGGGACCACAUACGAGCAGAUCAAGGGCACUCCAAUGGGUUCACCAAUCUCCGGACUCAUUGCCGAGGCGGUUCUACAAAAACUCGAGAGACGACUAUUCGAGGAGUACAAGCCCAAGUUUUGGGCACUCUACGUUGAUGACACCUUUGUAAUCAUAAACCAGGGUAAAAUCAAUUACUAUGCGGAAGUACUGAACUCAAUCAUGCCCGAUCUACAGUUCACGAUGGAAGAGGAAGUCGAGGACAAACUUCCAUUCUUGGAUAUUCUCGUCUGCCGCCAACCAAAUGGCGAACUAGCGACGUCGGUCUACAGAAAACCGACGAACACGCUGCAAAUUCUCAGCUACAACAGCAACCACCCGCCACAACACAAAUGA